AUCUAAGCCUGACGAUUAUGAAGGAUCCUAUAAUGAAAAUCCUUAUGGAUCUCGUGAAUUUGAUGAUAAUGAAGGAGAAUACCAUAAUAAAAAUUUAAAACCUCCUAAACCUGACGAUAAUGAAGGAGGAUACGAUAAUAUUUCUGCCCCAUUAAUAGCAACAAUUGCUGCUGAAAACACUGAACAAAUUCAACCAACACAAAUUAAUAUUCAGGUUCAAAAAUCUCCACCUACACCACCGAAUGAUUAUGUGGUGACCACUCGCUUUCAUGUAAUGAUGCCAAAGAUGCCAAGCGGCUUAAUUAAGAAACAUAGAGUAUAUGUCAUUGGUAACAUUAAGGAAUUGGGGAUGUCAACAAAAGGAAUUAUACAACUAAAACAACACAAAAAAAAUUCAAUGUACUGGUAUUCUGAUCCUGUUAGUAUACCACUUUCAGCCUUUCAAGAAGGGCCUAUACAAUAUAGUUAUUUUAUUUAUAAAGGUAAGAAGCGUUUAACAUGGAUAUCCAGACCAUCCAGACUAAAAUCGCAAGAUGAAGAAGACGACCCUGAUAUCACUGUGGGUGAUUGGAUCUCUGAAAAGGUUGAUCAUGAAUUAAUUUCUAAAGAGAAUCAAUAUGAUUUAUGGAAACAAAAUAAUAGUAGCUCUAUGAAUUUGAAGGAUUUAAAAGAGAAUUAUUCAUUUCAUUUUAUGAUUUAUAAUUCUAUAACCCCUGGAAGUUUGAAGGAUAAAAUCAUAGAAUAUCAAGACAUCAAUAAAAGACAUUCGGUUGUACUGGAUAAUGAUAUGACUUUAGAUUUCGUAUUCACAUGUCUUAGUUACUAUAGCACUGUCGAGCAACAAAUAUUUCUAUUUGUGCUAUUAGGCUACAUAAUAAAUGAGAAAAUGGAAUUCAAUCUUCCUAGAAAUUUUCCUUCAGUUAAAUUGUUAGAAGCUUUUAAUGGUGUUAACGAAAAUCAUUUACCUCAUGAUGUUAUUGCAAUGUUGUCAUCAGUUGUCUCUGCUUUAGUGCGUCAUGCUUCAACUUACUCUGCAAAAUUUGAAUGGAUGGAAGCAUUUAGGAUCGCGCCUUUCGCAGAUCCAAAUUAUGCCUUUCUCGAAAAGGUUAAGAAACCUAUAUAUACCAAAGAUAACAUAUUUGAUUUUCAGGACUCUCUAAAUAAAAUUGUCAAGCCAUGCAUGGAUAAUAUUAGUGACGAACAUGAAGAAACUUACGUGAAUGUUUGCAAGACUCUCAUUAAAUUAUGUAAUGAUCUUGGUGUAGUUUUAUUUUUGUGGAAACAUAUCUUCCGUCUUAGUGUAAAACUAGAUGAAGAAUUUAUUCAAUAUUUUCUUGAUCGUAUAAGUAACUUUAUAGCAAGAGACAAUGCUAAAGAAUUAUACAAUCAUCUUGAAGAGAUACCUAUUGAUAUUGACAUCAAUUUUGCUCCACUGUUUCGUGAUAGAGCUUUGUUUUUGUUGCGCAACCCGGGAACUUCUUGGGGCAAGUCUACUCUUGAUGCGAUAUUCAGAUUGCUUCAUCAUACUAGUUUGAGAUGGCAAAAUGCCUCUGUGUUACAAGCAUUUGAAUAUAUUGCAACUUCUCAAAAUCCAGAAUUACUACAGGUUUUUCCAAAUCGACUUGAUAGUUUCCUAAGAGAAGGUCUCAUGGAUGAAAAAGUCAGCAAAAUUUGCGCUCUAUGGCUUAAGAAUUUAUCGUUAUAUAUCAAGAAAGUGCACAACCUUGACAGAAACUUUGUGUUUAUGAUUCUUUAUCAUCUCGAAAUAGUUUAUCAAAUUGCUGCAAAAAAUAACAUCACAUGUGAUGAGCUGUUUGAAGUUGCCGAAAGGGAGAUCAAAGCUCUUUCAGAUGAUGUAAUGUUUUAUGCUGCUACUGAUGCUGAAAAAUUGAAACAAGCAAGAGUUAUAGAUUUCUUUAGCCGUAUACUAAAAGAAAAAUUCGGACCAGAUGUUAGAAACAUUGAUGAUAUUGUUUUUCAUAUAAUGACGAGAUUAUAUGAAAAUUUACCAGAGGCAGAAAUAAAUCCCAACGACACUAAUUUCAUUAAAGCAUUGCUUGCUUCCUCGAAUUUUUGGAUUUAUAUUUUGACAGCUACAGGUUCAACUGAACGACUUUAUAGGCAGAAUGUAUAUGUAAAAAUAGUACAUCAGGCUAUAAUAAAGCUGGUUUUAAAUUUAAGAAAUAUGUCUAUAGAAAUUGGAAUGUUAAAAGAAAUUCUUACUUAUGAUGACGACCGAUUGCUAAAUUUCGUUUCAAUUGUCGAAAACGACAAUGUAUCAUUGAUGAUCGAUAUUACAGUUCUUCAAUCACUCAGAUAUAACUAUAAAGAAUAUAUGGAAAAAUUAAAAAGUCUCGAAAUUUUUUAUAACAAAUUUUGUAAAAGUGCUGUAGAUGUACAAGAUUACAUUGAUGACAUAAAAUCAAAAUUAAAUGUACAAGAAAAAGUUAUUCUUCAGGAUGCGUUCAGCGAACCUUUCUGGAAAAUUCAUCAACCAAUGAUUGACAUAGCACAAAGUGUGUACAUUUAUAUUGAUUCUCAAACAUUCAGGAAUGUGCUUGAUAGACAUUCAAAGGCACGUGGCGUGACUUUAACGGUAGAGUUGCUUGCUACAAGAUUUAUACGUGAAGCUUUUAUAAAAUACAAUAAAAUACGAGCGGAGUAUAGAGAUUGGAUGACACUUGAUUAUACCAGGGUAGGACCAUUUUGGAAAGAUGUUAAAGAUAUAGAUUAUGAACUUGAAUUGAUGUCAAGAGGAAUGAAAUGGUAUCCAAGAGAUGACUUGAAAAAAGCAAUCGGUUAUCUAGAUUAUGUUAAAUUAUGGAGGGAACGAAUCGAUGAUUUAGAAAAAACUUUAAGAAUUUUUAGAGUGCAGAAUGUAGUAGAUACAGUAGUUGGGUGGCAAAUGGCUAUUAAUGAAAUAAAUCGAUCUAUUACUAAUUUUGAUGCCAAUUGUUGGAAAGUAAUAAGAGCAUUGUCUUUUGCUGGCGAUCUUCUCACCUGGCUGUAUACAGUAGCUGAAGUUGAUCUAAGAAAUUUAAUGAACAGUGUAGACGAUGGUUCUGAAGAUCGUGAGGUCCAAGAAAAUACCAUUGCUUCAUUAAUUGAAGUCAAAACGUUUUUGGUACCUUUAAUGAAUAGUAUGAGGAAACUUUAUAAAGAAGGCAAUCCAACACAUACCAUCAUUUAUAAAUUUCUGGAUCAGAUACGGGAUAUUGCAUCAAAAAAUCCUUCUUUAUCCCAGAAAAUUUCUCAAUGUUGUUUAAGCAAUCUCGCCAUUCAGAAUGUAUAUUUUAGUAUAUUAAAUAGAGGAGAGGCGACAAAAAUACGCAUUAGAGAUGUCGCUACGAUAGGUGGAUACAAAUUUUUCCGCGACAAAAAUUAUGAUAAAUGUACUGUAGAGUUGUCUUAUGAAAAACCUUACGAAGAUACUGGUAGGACAAAGACAACAACUCUCGAUCUUUCUAAUCUGCAAGAUGUGCAAGGUCAAGCUCUCCUGAUCGCGAAACAAGCAUCAUUUGCCUACGUAAUGUCCAUGUCAACAGAGAACGAAAACAAUUUAGAGCAAGGCGCAAUUGAACUGAUGAAUUUUGUUCAGCAAAUAAAUAUUGUCCAUCAGAUUGUCAAAAAAGCCUCUCAACUAAUGGAAUUGGGACAUUUUUCCUAUAGAGAAUGGGAGAUGUAUGUGCAUGCCACGGACGAUAUGAAAUCGCAUCUUGAAAAGCUUGAGACCGACCUUCAUGAUUGGUAA